AUCUCCGGGAACCCAGCCCAGACCUUGCCUCCCGGACACCCCGACGCUCACGUAGGCGGUGGCUCUGAUGCGGCGAGCGAGCUGGGGCGGGGGCUCCUCCGCGGCCCGGAAGGGUUCUAGCCUAUUCAUCUAACCCAAUGAUGGCUGUGGACAUAGAAUACAGAUACAACUGCAUGGCCCCUUCCUUGCGCCGAGAGAGGUUUGCCUUCAAGAUCUCGCCAAAGCCGAGCAAACCCCUGAGACCUUGUAUUCAGCUGGGCAGCAAGAAUGAAGCCAGUGGAAUGGUGGCCCCAGCUGUCCAGGAGAAAAAGGUGAAGAAGCGGGUGUCCUUCGCAGACAACCAAGGACUGGCCCUGACAAUGGUCAAAGUGUUCUCCGAAUUCGAUGACCCGUUAGAUAUCCCAUUUAACAUCACCGAGCUCCUAGACAACAUCGUGAGCCUGACGACAGCAGAGAGCGAGAGCUUUGUUCUGGACUUUUCCCAGCCAGCCGCAGACUACUUAGACUUCAGAAAUCGCCUCCAGGCCGACCACGUGUGCCUUGAGAACUGCGUGCUGAAGGACAGGGCCCUGGCGGGCACCGUGAAGGUUCAGAACCUUGCCUUCGAGAAGAGCGUGAAAAUAAGGAUGACGUUUGACACCUGGAAAAGCUUCACAGACUUCCCUUGUCAGUACGUGAAGGACACUUACGCUGGUUCGGACAGGGACACGUUCUCCUUUGACAUUAGCUUACCCGAGAAGAUUCAGUCCUACGAAAGGAUGGAGUUCGCCGUGUGCUACGAGUGCAACGGCCAGACGCACUGGGACAGCAACAGAGGCAAGAACUACAGGAUCAUCCGGGCGGAGCUGAAAUCCACUCAGGGCACGGCCGAGCCACACAACGGACCAGAUUUGGGGAUAUCCUUCGACCAGUUUGGAAGCCCUCGGUGCUCCUACGGUCUGUUUCCAGAGUGGCCUAGUUACUUAGGAUACGAAAAGCUAGGGCCCUAUUACUAGAGACUGCAGGUGACAGCGUGGCAGAGCUGCUGCAGGCAAGCCUGGCCCCACUCGCCGAGGGACGGAGAUGGGAGCCAAGAGAAGGGUAAAGCGGAACUGCCAUCAGGCACAGUUUUGGAAAAGGAAGGAUCCUGUUCACUUUUUUCUUAAACCAGCAAAUCCAGCCGGGUUCAGAUUGCAGAACCGGUUUCGCGCUCGGAGCAGAGGUAGUGUGUGCUGGUCCGCUUUGGCACCGUGGCAGCCAGGAGGGUGUGAGCAGGAUGGUGCCAGAAAGAGUGUGGAUGGGGACCAAGCCUGCGCCAGCGCCCGUGAGGCUAGAGGGGCCUGAUCUCUCCUGUCCCGUCGGAUGUGGAACGUCAGUCACCCAGACGUCGCUGAGCCCCCAGCCACCUCCCAGCAGACCCUCACCAUCCAUCUUUGAGUGUCUUCCAACCACCAGGCCUUUCCGGCACGUUGCUGCUGUUCCACGUUGCACCUACUUUGCAUUUCAUCUCUGUGCUGUGUGACACGCUGACCCAAUGUCACACAUUUCUAACGCAGCUACAGAAGAGAGAUGGGAUCUGCUCCUUUUGUUUUUUGCAAGUUCAUUUUUUUGCAUUUUAUUUUCUUCCAUGGUUCAUCCAAUGUUCGGGAAAAGAUAAUAAGGGCAAAUUAGCUUGUGACUGAGACAGGCAUUUCCUCUCCCCUCUUCCUGACCCACGUCUGUAUGCCAGCAGAGUGCAACACGCCAGUUAUCCAAAGCCACUGGCUCCUGUGCAGUGUCACAGAUUGCAGGGUUAUGACAAGGUAGGACAGCCAUGAGUGGGACACUUUGAGCUUUUUCUCUUGGCUUUUGGGGGAGCUUUCUAAGUGCUCACUUUUACCCUGAGUCAGCAGAAGGCUCAGUUACAAGACUGAACUUGCUUGGCUGGUUUGCGAGUGUCUCAUUCUUCACAAAAGAAUUUUAGGUCUCCUUUCCUGGAGCGUCAUCAUUGAUGCUGUGUUUAGGACAUUCGAUUUGCAGAUCCAAUGUGUCUGCAAAGCCUUCGGAAAAUGUUUGGUUUUAUUUUGACUGUGAUUUACAAUAUCCAGGACAUUUUACAAGGACCCAGGGACAUUGAUUUGGGUGUUCUUAUUUAUGGUAUGUGAGUGUGUAAAGGGAUAGGGGAGAAAAACCUCACCACGUUCUUAUGUUAUUUUAAAUGUUUGCCAACUCUGAAAUAUCAGAGGUUAAUUGUUGUUAACCAUAUUGGACUAGAGUGUGUUGGUUAAUGUUAUUGUAAAAGAGACUGUUGGGACAUUCGUUGUCGGAUGGGGUCCCCAAAAACCUGUGAUUUUCCUUGAGCAAGAUUGGUUUUUACUUAGGGGUGUUUUAAAAAUUUUUUUACAUACAUAUUUGUAGAAAGUUGGGGUUUUUUUCUGUUUGUUUUUGGAGUUUGGUUAAAUGACUUUUAUUUUGUUUUUUGCCUGAUCUUACUAAAGUGAGAGUUUUGCUAAGACAAGCAGAAAGAGGAGUGUACAGUUGCCUAGAUUUGGAGGCACAGCUAUUGGGCUUAAAUUUUCUAGAUUAAUCGAAAAAGACCUGGUUUGUGGCUUUGUAUACCACUGUCAGGCAAGCAUUGAGUGCCUUGGCUCCUAGAGUUUUGUGGUUGGGUUUGGGGUUUUUUUUUCAGUUUUGAACUUUAAAAUGUUUUGACUUUUUAAAAAUGCUCUUAGGCGGUGUUUGAUGUAAUCCUUGUUCCUAAAACUGGCUGUUACUAGUCUGCAAUCUAGUGCUUAGUUUUUUGUGCCUCUUCCAGGUGGGUGGCAUUCUGAGAUUACAUGAUAAUAUAAUUUUGGGAGAAAUCACAUUUGUAUCUUAUGCUGAAAUUGGGCAGAACUGUGUUUUAUCUAAGCAUACCAUAUAUCAAGUAUAUAGACAGUACUUUAAAUAUUAUAAAUUUGGUGAUCAGAACUAUUAGGAUAAAUCUAACUCAAAUGGAAGCAAAACUGAUUUCAUGUAGGCCAAGAAUUUUAUUUUGUGUUGAGAAGUGCCCCUCACCCCCCAUGCAGGAAAGGUACAAAGUGCACUGUCAUUUACAUAUUACGACUAAGGAUCAUUCUAUGUUCAUAAGAAAAAGGCCUCAAGUGACCCAAGAAUAAAGUCUGUUUAGUUUUGUGUA